AUGUCUUGGAGGUGUCAAAACCCUUCAAGGGGCAUUGGCUGGAUACCUUCUGCACAGACAGGCAGAAGUUCAUCUGCAAGGUGGAUGACUCGGAUGCCGCCCAGGAAGCCGUCUCUGCGGCAUCGCAGGACUGGGAGGAGGUCCCGCGCAAGUCCGGCGCGCCGCUGCCUUCACCGCCGAGGCCUGCUGUGGCCCAGUCCCUGUCGCCGGCAGCGCCACCACUCCCAGUGCCGCCAGCGCCGCCACCCCAGCCGCAGCAAGUGCCGACGCCACCAGCGCGGAGCCGGACAGCAGCCGACCAAGCGACAGAAGAGGCGCCCUCACCGCCAUCGCUGCCGCCAUCACCGCCACCUCAGAAGCCUGUCAAGGCCGAGAGCCCGAGCCCGGACGUGGACCUCCCCCGUCCUUCGGAGACCGAGCCGCUUCAAUCGGAAG